CUGCUCUCGUCGCCCCCAAACUGCAGAGGAGAGGAGAGAAGAGAAGAGAAGAGAAGCACCGCGUCGCCGAAACCCUAGCCGCCUGUCUCGCUCUCCGGUCUGCACUCGUCCACGACAACGGCGGAGGGUUUUCUGUGGGUGUGGGGGAAUUUGUUCGUCGCCGACUCGCCGGCAGCACAAGAUGAGGCCGGUCUUCGUGGGGAACCUGGACUAUGACACCCGCCACUCGGAGCUCGACCAACUCUUCUACCGCUACGGCAGGGUCGAGCGCAUCGACAUGAAGUCAGGCUUCGCUUUUGUCUACUUUGAGGAUGAACGUGAUGGCAAUGAUGCCAUACGGGCUCUUGAUGGUUAUCCAUUUGGCCCUGGCAGACGCAGGCUUUCAGUAGAGUGGUCACGGGGUGAUCGAGCUGCUAGACGUGAUGGUAACAAACCAGAAGCAAAUACUAAGCCAACUAGGACAUUGUUUGUCAUCAACUUUGAUCCAAUCAACACAAGGGUCAGUGACAUUGAAAGGCACUUCGCACCAUUUGGGAACUUAUCAAGUGUAAGGAUAAGGAAGAACUUUGCUUUCGUCCAGUUUGAAACACUGGAAGAAGCCAGAAAGGCUCUUGAUGCUACUCAUGCUACCACGCUUUUGGACAGGGUGAUUUCUGUUGAGUACGCCUUUAGGGAUGAUAGUGAACGGAGUGAUAGGUACGACAGCCCAAGAAGAGGUGGUGGCUAUGGUAGGCGUGGUGAUAGCCCAGUGUACAGGUCACGGCCUAGUCCAGACUAUGGUCGCCCAGCAAGUCCUGUAUAUGGUUCAUAUGACAGAAGUCCUGUUCGUGAUCGCUAUCGGAGAUCUCCUGCUUAUCGAUCAAGAUCCCCACGUGUGAACCGAAGAGCAUAUGACUAAUUGAGAACUAUCUCUGUUAUGGUGCUACAGGCUAGCGGCUGCUAAUAUCCGCCUUUUGCAGGGCUGCACCCAGUAGCAAGAACUUACUGUGCCUGUACCGGAGCGUGUCACCUUAAUUGCCUUAAACUCUUGUGUUUAAAGUGGCCUGUACUUAGUUAUGCUAUGCGACUGUCAGACUUUACUACAUGCAAUGUUAUCAUACAGCCCUAUCAUUUGUCUUGCGUUGAGAUGCUCUGGAGCUCUUUUACAGCUUUUACCGUCCUUUGUCAUUACUGCUAUCUGUUAACUGAAUGCAUUGACGAUUUUUAUU